UAUUCCAGGGAGCCCGGGAGCUUCUGAGCGAGUCUGACUCCAGUUCCUCAGCCUUUUUCUCGGACUGCUCCCUAACCCGGCGGGGCCGCGCAAAGUGAAAAUGGUCCACCAUUCUGGCUCGAUUCAGUCCUUUAAGCAGCAAAAAGGUAUGAAUGUAAGCAAGAGUGAAAUGGCAAAAGAAACUUCACUAAAACCAUCUCGGAGAUCCCUGCCUUGCCUUGUUCAGAGUUACACUUACUCGAAGAGCUUGAGCCAAUCUACAUCACUCUUCCAGUCACUAGAGAGUGAAUGUCAGGCUCCCACUUCUGUAACCUCUGUCUCUGCCAGCAAAACAGAACAAGUUAACACAGACGAUAAUAAAAAAGACUCUAUGCUCACAUGUUCUUUUGCUGACCUCAGCAAUUUUUGCUUGGCUCUGGGAAGAGAUAAGGAUUACAUGGAUGAAUCAGAACAUGCUAAUUAUGACCGAUCUCGGCUCAUUACCAGCUCUGUUUUCAAAGAUAAAUCUGACUCCAAGCCAAAAGUAUUGUCUAAGAUCAGCAUGGAGAGGACUGGAGGCAAUGGGUCACGGCUAAAAAGCAAAAGGGCAUACCUUGGGGAUUGCAGUUAUUCUACAACUAAUGACAUGAAUUACAUAGCAUCCGGUGGCCUUCUAUUCAAAGAUGGCAAAAAGAGGAUUGAUUACAUCCUGGUUUAUAGAAAGUCAAAUAUACAAUAUGACAAAAGAAAAAUCUUUGAAAAGAACCUCAGAGCAGAAGGCUUGAUGUUGGAGAAGGAGCCAGCUGUUGCAAACCCUGAUAUCAUGUUUAUUAAAAUUCACAUUCCAUGGGAAACGCUGUGCAUAUAUGCAGAGAGGCUGAAUAUCAGGAUGCCCUUCAGGAAAAAAUGCUAUUACACUGACCGGAGGAGCAAAUCAAUGGGCAGAGUUAAAAAGAAUUUUAUGAAAGUCAAAAAGUGGAUGCCCAAUAAUCCAAUGGUUAUUGACAAGUCUGCUCUUCCAGACCUGCAGGACACAGAUUGUUAUACUGGUCCCUUCAGUCGUGCACGGAUUCACCACUUCAUAAUAAACAACAAGGACACCUUCUUCAGCAAUGCAACCCGAAGCAGGAUAGUCUAUCAUGUUCUACAGCGCACCAAAUAUGAAAACGGAGUAUCAAAAGUGGGUAUCUGUAAACUUAUAAACAAUGGAUCAUAUGAAGCAGCGUUCCCCCCACAUGAGGGAGCCUACAAGAGUACACAGCCUAUCAAAACCCAUGGACCUCAGAAUAAUAGACAUCUAUUAUACGAGCGCUGGGCACGUUGGGGAAUGUGGUACAAGCAUCAGCCCCUGGAUUUAAUCAGGCGAUAUUUUGGUGAGAAGAUUGGGCUCUACUUUGCUUGGCUGGGAUGGUAUACUGGAAUGCUGAUUCCUGCAGCAUUUGUUGGUGUGUGUGUUUUCUUUUAUGGAUUAUUUACAAUGAACACAAGUCAAGUAAGCCAAGAAAUUUGUGCAGCCACUGAAGUCUUCAUGUGCCCUCUGUGUGACAAGAAUUGCUCAUUGCAGAGACUCAACGAUAGCUGUAUCUAUGCCAAGGUGACAUAUUUGUUCGAUAAUGGAGGGACAGUCUUCUUUGCUAUUUUUAUGGCAAUAUGGGGUAUGGAAAAAGCUCAGCCUUUGGAUCUGGAUUUGAAUUCCAGCCAAGUGACUUCCUCAGCCACAGUCUUCCUGGAGUUUUGGAAAAGGAGAAGAAGUAUACUGACCUAUGCUUGGGACCUGAUCGAAUGGGAAGAAGAAGAGGAAACACUUCGCCCCCAGUUUGAAGCAAAGUAUUACAAGAUGGAGAGAGUGAAUCCUAUCACAGGAAAACCUGAGCCACAUCAACCCUUUUCAGACAAAAUCACUCGUCUUCUUGUCUCUGUCUCAGGAAUAUUCUUCAUGAUUUCUUUGGUGAUCACUGCAGUGUUUGCAGUUGUGGUGUAUCGCCUGGUCGUCAUGGAACAGUUUGCUUCAUUCAAGUGGAGUUUCAUCAAACAACACUGGCAGUUUGCAACGUCUGCUGCUGGUGUCUGUAUCAAUUUCAUAAUCAUUAUGAUUCUGAACCUUGCUUAUGAAAAAAUUGCUUACUUUCUCACUAAUUUAGAAUAUCCACGAACGGAAUCCGAAUGGGAAAACAGCUUUGCCCUAAAGAUGUUCCUCUUCCAGUUUGUCAAUUUAAACAGUUCCAUCUUCUACAUUGCUUUCUUUUUGGGGAGAUUUGUAGGCCAUCCAGGACAUUACAAUAAACUUUUUAACCGCUGGAGACUGGAAGAAUGUCAUCCUAGUGGCUGUUUAAUAGACCUCUGUCUGCAGAUGGGUGUUAUCAUGUUUUUGAAGCAAAUAUGGAAUAACUUCAUGGAACUGGGAUACCCGCUGAUCCAGAACUGGUGGUCACGGCAUAAAAUCAAACGAGGAGUACACGAUGCUUCGAUACCUCAGUGGGAAAAUGAUUGGAAUCUACAGCCCAUGAAUAUCCAUGGACUGAUGGAUGAGUACUUAGAAAUGGUUCUGCAGUUUGGUUUUACCACCAUCUUUGUUGCGGCAUUUCCUCUGGCCCCUCUUUUGGCUUUGUUAAACAAUAUCAUAGAAAUAAGGCUGGAUGCAUACAAAUUUGUCACCCAGUGGCGGAGGCCUCUGCCAGCCCGAGCGACUGAUAUAGGUAUCUGGUAUGGAAUUCUUGAAGGAAUUGGCAUAUUGGCCGUGAUCACCAAUGCGUUUGUAAUUGCUAUUACAUCUGAUUUCAUUCCACGUUUAGUCUAUGAGUACAAAUAUGGCCCUUGUGCACAUGAAUCAAAAAAUACUGUCAGUUGCUUAAAAGGAUAUGUCAACAAUAGCCUAUCCUUCUUUGACAUGAAUGUACUUCGUAUGGGAAAACUUGGUUAUUGCAGGUACCGAGACUACAGAAACCCCCCGUGGAGUUCCAAACCCUAUGAGUUCACCUUACAAUACUGGCACAUCCUCGCUGCCCGUUUGGCCUUCAUCAUCGUAUUUGAGCACCUUGUUUUUGCCAUCAAGUCCUUCAUCGCAUUCCUGAUUCCAGACAUACCAAAGGACCUAAAUGACCGAAUAAGACGGGAGAAGUACUUAGUCCAAGAAAUGAUGUAUGAGGCUGAACUAGAACAUUUGCAACAACAACGGAGAAAAAGCGGUCAACCAGUUCACUAUGAAUGGCCUUAGUUAAUACCUGUUUCUCAGUAGAGGUGGCACCGUUAGUGGGAAGGAAUGUUGGCAAUUUCAAAUUCUAGGCAGGAUCUAGAAGGAAGGCACACCUGGCAAACCAUAUUUAUAAUAUGUUACUUGGAAAUGCAUCACAGCCAUUUCUGGGAUUUGGAAUAUCCAGCUUUCCAGGGAAGAAAAAGAUGAGUCAUAACCUGAAAAACUGGUGAGUUUGACAUUGCCAGAAGCCAAGAUCCAAUUCUCAGAACCAGCCCCAAGGAGUCAUGUGUUUGGAGAACUCCACCUUCCAUCGGCUGCAGUGUAAUAGGAAGGGGGAUGGUGAGGUUUCUAGAGAUGAGUUCCAUGUAAAUGUUCACCACCCAGGCAUGACUUAAAGCAUCAUGUGGUCUUCACUCGAAUACUAAUCUGACUUCUAAAUCUUCGAUGCUUACAAGAAAUGAUGUAAUCAGUUAUUGCCUUUGCUGCCAGAAUGCCAUAUCCCUUCAGCUUACAAGCUUGUAGAAAUUGUCCUUGUCUGUUGCUGAGAUUUUGGAUCUGUGCCACAGAGGAAUUUAUGCUGCUUUUCUUUAUCAACUAUGCAGUUGAAGAGUUGCAUAUCACCUUUAGUAUUUAAACCAAAAAUCUAAGAUCCCAAAAAGAAUACCAUUCAUUGAAAUAAGAUUCUAUUGCAUUGGCUACAUACAAAUCACUUUUAUCACUGCCAGAGCCAGUUGAAAUGCACAUUUUUAAACUAAAUGCUAACAGAGUCAUAUACUUAUAAAAUAUGAGUGGUUGUUCUCAUGUCAUUUAAACACAACUAACCCAUACUUUACUGUGGCAUGCUGUUUUAUUGUAUGUUUAACUUUUUCCUCUUUGAUUUUUUGCAGCUCCUCACAGAACCUUAACUUGAAAUUCUGUAAAUAUUUUGGUUUUUCUUAUACUUUUGCACCUUGACAGUAUGUAAUGCAAGCUACAGUGUAUGGCGCUCUGAGACCAGUUAUACAGUAUUCUAUUGUGUCUUGUUUAUUCCGGGAAAGAGAAGCCAGAUGCUUCACAGCAGUUAUGCUUUUCCAACAACAUGCAGUCUUGCUCUUGAGCUAAUGAAAACAAUGCAUGAAUAUAGAUCUAUAUUAUCUAUAGAGAAAUGCAUUCUUUAGAGUUUUACGUUCUUCUUCAUCACUGAAGACAGUGUUCUGUUAUUAUUUCUUUGAUAGAUUGAUUUGGUUCAUUUUUGAAAACUAUAGAAACAAAGCCAACUUAGUUGUGAAAAACAUCAUUUUGAUUUGUUGUAGACACAGAAAAGUAACAAAAUUUAUUCUGGUUUGGGCUCUUAUUUCAAUGUCAACUCUGUAUCUAUGAGAGUCACUGUUCCUAGACUGAUGAACAGGGAGUGAUGGGGCAUUCAACUAAAGCAAGUCAGGUGGAGGCAUCAGCUAAGGGGAUAGGGUGGGGAGAAAGAAGAGUGAAGGGAAUGUCUGGCAGAAAUCAAGACACAUAUCCUUAUAAAACUAAUCCCAGUUUCCCCUCCCCUGGGUGAGCAGGAAUGGGGAUGGCGAAUACACGGACAUAGGAUCACACACACACACACACACACACACACACACACACACACACACACACGACAAAUGAUUAUUUUGUCCAGUUCUGCAAAGCACAGUGAUUUCCAAAAUAUGUAAAGACCAGAUUAAACACAAUGGAAAUAAAACUACUUUGUGUAUCUGCUAGUAUUUUUCAUACUAGAAAAAAUGAUUUUUAGAGGUCUAGCAUUGAAACUGUUUUGUUGAUUUUUCUUUCCCUCCAGGGUAAAGCUUAUAGAUUAUAGUUUUGUGUUUAUUUGUCUGUUUUUGUCAAAAAUAUUCCAUUUCCUACUUGUUCUCUGAUCCUAAGCAAGAUGAAGGACCUCAGACUCAAUUUGCCUCACAUGCCCUUAUCAUGUGUGACUCUUCCAUUCAAAUUUCAGAGAGGUUCUUAUUCUGCCACACGUUUUUUAAAACAACUAAUUCCACGAACUCCACAAAGGAGUUUUCAGUACCUCCAUUUUCAUAGCAUCUGCAUUUCCUUUUUUUUUUUUUUUUGUUAGUUAAUUGUGUACACUUGCCUGGGUAUAAAUACUGUCUAUGCCUUUUGAAGACACAGAUGAAUAUAAUACUUAAGUCUUUUCCACAUUAGGGACACAAGACUAAGAAAUCUGUCUACUGAGAGAAAGAACAAUGAAAGCCAAGCCAUGUCCUUGAGAAUUCUUCUGUUUCUGAGUUAUUUUUACAUUGCCCCUUCAGGGUUUACAAUCACAUUGAUUGCCUACCUGAGAUAAAAUAAUGACAAGAGAAAGCUAUUUUUAAUGAAAAAUUUAUAAAACUUUGAUUUAGAAAAUUCCUUCUCUGUUAUUUUUUAAGCAGAUGUGAAAAAUAGAGAAGCAAUGAAAAAUUAACUGAAAUUUUCAUUUUGUGAAUCAGUGCAGUAGAAUAUAGCAAAGAUUUUAUGACUGUUGACAGUAAAAUAUUGGCAGCCCUUUACAGUAUGUUAGUUUUAGAUCACUCUGCUUUAGUUGAGAAAAAUGUUUUAUAUCAUGGUUUUCAUAUGAAUACAAAUGAUUUCUCAAAGAUAUAUAGCAUAUGCUAUUCUCAGGAAUUCUGUAUUACAUGAAUGCUGCUUAUAUAUUUUCAUAUUCUAAAGUAUUGUCUUUUCAAACAGUAUCUAAUAAUAUAUGUGCAUGCAGUCUUCAAUUUAACAAGUUGUUCAAUCUGAAGAGCUUUUGCAGUACAGUGUGUGGGAAAUUGCUCUAGAUCGUAGCUGAAAUAGUUUGUAAUUGUCUGAGUCUGUGCACGCACUUUUGGAUAAAAUGCUGCUGCUGACAGACUGACUGCAUGAUGACGUACAACUUUUGAAUGCUGCACAUUCAUCCAAAAUGUCUUAGUGACUCUUAGCACAAUUUAUUGUAAGAUGGAAUGGAACUGAACCUUUUUCACUCAAUAAAAUAUUGUUUGAUAUGGUAUUUUUCAUAU